AGUCAAACAUUGCUAGCCAUUCAGAUUGGACUAUAUGACCAGAAUCGGCUUCGAUUACUGUUGCCAUAUCGGAUAGACAACGGCCAAUCAAGCCAAACCAAACUAUGGAACAUUAUCAACAUUAAGUUGUCUAGAUACAGAUGCCAGAUUGUCCAUGUGAGCUGAUUUUCUUUCGCCCAUCACCACCACCACCACGACGAUCAAAUUGGUCAAAUCCACCAUCUCUACUCUGGCUGACCCUCGUCACUGACCAAAAGUUGACCCGAUAUAUUUUUAUUCGCAAUGUUUUGCAAACAGCAUACCCAGCUCUACUGUCGACAAACAUUGCUACUUCCUCGAUUUUCUAGCCAGACCAACUACCGUCAUUAUGAUCGUACCAGUAGCAGCGGCGGCGACGGCAGUACAAGUAACGAUGAGCCUAGGCCACAUAAUCCACGACAAAAAUAUAGCCAUCCUUCUAACAGUUUUUUUCGUCAUAUUCGAAUGGCUAUGAAUAACGGAUCGUCCAUUGCAGAAUCUCAAUCAUCUGGUUCCACUAAAGGCGAAUGGCCAUCCAUUCAUAAAACAAACUGCAACGAUUAUGCUCAAAAUUACUACAACCAUCGACAUUCGAAUGGACAAUCCAAAUCUAGUUCUAAUUCUGCAAAUUUUCAACAAUCUUCACCAACCAGUGAAUCGACUACUAGCAAUAUUGCUGUUGGUAACAAUCGACCAAGUGCUGGUUCCGGAACAGGGGGCAGUACAAACGGUACAAAUCGCAAAUCUAACCUAUGGACAUCGACACUAUCCAAGAGUAUUAACUGGUUCUACAAUCAGUCAGCCAUCGAUAUUGCAGCCACUAAGCCUUCGGUACGACUGACACCCGCUACCAUACUUUAUUCGGGCAAAAGUGCCGAUGGUAGUCAUACCCUGAGAAGUGCUAUGUAUCUGCAGAAAGAGUUGCCCGUAAGAAUUGCACAUCGUAUCGCUGGUUUCCGUGCUCUUCCAUUUCUGAUCGGUUGUCAUCCGACUAUCCUGGCCGUUCACGAAAUGUACAUCAAAGCUUUUUAUUUGCUUUCCGAGCAUCCUCUGAUAACAGAUCAGGAAAAGGAACUUAGUUUUACCAGCAUGCUAAGAGAAUUGCUCGAUGCUCAUAAGAAUGUGGUAACCAUGCUUGCUGAAGGAUUCCGCGAAUGUCGCAAACAUAUUCAAAAUGAAGACAUGAUACGUCAGUUCUUAGAUCGGACACUUACUUCACGAUUAGGCAUCCGAAUGCUUGCCGAACAUCAUUUGGCAUUGCACGACAACAAUGAACGACCCGAUUAUGUGGGAAUAAUCAACGUGCGUAUGAAGCCAAAAGAAGUGAUUGACUACUGGGUUGACUACGUUUCGAAGCUCUCAGAACGGCAUUACGGUCGAGCACCACCUGUUAAGAUCAACGGUCACGUUAACGCUUGCUUUCCUUACAUCCGGACGCCGCUCGACUAUAUUCUGCCUGAACUACUGAAAAACGCCGUAAGAGCCACACUCGAAGCACAUGCUUCUGUUCCAGAUUCAAAUCUUCCACCAAUCAUGGUCACAAUUGCCUCGAACAACAUCGAUUUUAUAAUAAGGAUUAGCGACCGUGGUAGCGGCAUAGCACACGAUCUUGUCGACCUGGUCCUUCAAUAUCAUUUCACAACUGCUAAUCGAACUGAUUCCCGAUUUGAUCGUGGUAUUCUUGAAAAUAUUAUGAAAGAUUCUUCGAUGCAAGCCUCACCAAUGCACGGAUUCGGCUUUGGAUUACCAACUUCGCGUGCAUACGCCGAAUAUCUAAAUGGCAAAUUAAGUAUCGAAUCAAUGCAAGGCAUUGGUACCGAUGUCUAUCUACGACUGCGGCACAUCGACGGUAAACAUGAAUCGUUUCGAAUUUAAACAUCCUUCUUAUACAGUAUCAACAGAGCUUUUAUUGACUUGUGCAUUGUCUGUGUACGUGUGUGUUGU